AUGAUCCGCCCAAUUCAACCCGUCGCCUACGACGGAAGCGAUGACGCAGCCAAAUUCCUGCAAUUUGUUCGUCAAGGGACAAACUGGCUGCGGAUGGGAAACUUACCCGAGGAUCAGCACAUCUUCAUGCUAAGUUAUCGCCUCACGGGCAAAGCGCUCGAUUUCUAUAACAGAAAAGUGGUACAAAAAGAGUCCGAGUGGACUCUGAGCGAUUUCUUUGCGGGUAUGCUCAAGUACUGCUUCCCGGCAGAUUACCGUAUGAAACUGCGGGACAAGCUGGGACAAUGCUAUCAAAACAAAAGAUCAGUUUCAGACUACUCCUCGGAGUUCGAAGAACUUUACUUUAUGAUCGGGCUCGCUGACGACCAGGAAAAGGUUGUGAGGCUAUGGCGCGGUUUUGCGCACGAAAUACAGGCAGAGCUGUACCGCCAAGAGCUGAACCCCGAGUCGUCAACGUGGGACGAGGUUGUGAGCGGCGCUGAAAAGGCCGAAGUCCUUCUGGGUAAGAAGGACAAGCCCCGAGACGCAGGGGCAGCCGCUCCAGGCACCCAGGCCGGAAAGAAAGCCCGAGGGAAGGGAAAGUUCUCGAAGCGGUCGAAAUCGCCAGACGCGUCUAUUCAGACGUCAGCGGCAGCUGUCUCGGGAGAGAAGAGCAAGGGGUCGAAGAAUAAGAAGGACCCAGGCCGCGAAGCAACGGAGCGCCCGUGGGAGCGUAAGUUGACCGCACAAAAGCGCGAAGAGCUGAUGGCGGCAAACAAAUGCCUAAACUGCGAAGCAGAGGGGCACUUCGCUCGGAAUUGCCCCAAGCUGCAGACAGUACCCUCGAAGCAGAAGGGGAAGCCCCCGGGCUUGGCGACACACGGAGUGACUUUCGAAACAGCCUCAGCCCUUUUUGAGAGCACGGAGCAUGUGCUUGAGACAUUUGCAAUCGACUUAGAGGGCGAUCGAGAGGGCGGGAGUACCAGCCAGCUCCUAGACGAGAAUGAAAUUGGCAACGUACUAGAGUAUCUGGAUGGUGAUCUUCGGUACAACUCGCCCUCAGGCGAGACGCACACCCCACUUGGGGACAUCCGCGCCCGCUUUAUACGAAUGGCCCUCACUGACGCCGCCCCAUACCCUGGAGAUGAGCACCUCAUCCAGACUGAUCCCGGCCCACGAUUCGUAGUCACGAAACAGCGAAGCGGCGACUUUCUGGUCUUGGAACGAGCUGAUGCAUAUGCUGCAUAUGACCUGGAGGCCCAGUGGAUCAACAACGAGUCGUUUCAAAUCGGACUGUGGUACGCACGACUUCGACAGGUUGUGGCAUGCCGCCCUCUGAACGAGUUGGAAAACAAUGAGGCAUGGGACACCGAGGUCGGCGACGCGGUGGCAACUAUGGCCGCAGUUCUGCUGUGGUCAUAUGAUCAAGAGGCUGGGAAUGACGCUCACCUCGAGCUCUUCGACAUUGGCCGCUCCUCACGAGAUCCAUACUGCUACACAGUAACCCUCCACCAUCUAGGGCGUUCGUGUGAAUUGCCUAUUGCUAGCCUCAACAAUGAGACCUUCGACUUGCGCCAGUGGUACAAACAAUCUUUUCGCCCUCAAGCUGAGGACCAUGGUGUGCGGGAGGGACCGGGGCGCCGCGAGGCGUCGCGAGAUGAUAUUGACCUCGCCCAAAGGAUGGGCCGGCUGACAAUUAAAGAUGAGACCGAUAGUCAGGAAGAGAUGACCACUGACUAA